AUGGCUGACUUGGACUUGUCUACGCCUCUGUUGUCAGCGAUGGAUUUGGCCGAGGAGUCCAACGUGUCCGCGGCUUUCCCGCUGCUGGUGCUUGAGCCGCCGCCAGAUUCAGAUCGUUCGUCGUACAAGGUCUUCAGCUUGCCGGACCAGAAGCUUGAAGAUGUCACUCCGUUCGUGUCGAGCAACAAAGCAUUCUUGGAGACGCCGCAGGGCUGGGUAUUGGUCCUGAGCUCCUCCGAUUCCUCGUCAGAAGACGCAGGGACCCAUCUCCUGAACCCUAAAGACGGAUCAAGAGUCGAGCUUCCGACUCUCAAAGACGACGAGGUCCCAUGGACGUGCAGGUGCGUCUUGUCCAACGUCGUGGUAGCGCCUGGCUGCAGCGUCCUAGUCUUCGACCAUGCGAGCCCGGUGAUGUGGUUCUGCCGCGUCGGCCAGGAUCUCCGGUGGUCGCGCCACGGCUACGACAUUGGCUGCUUGGACAUCGCGGGCUCUCCUCCCACAAAGAGACACUUCGUCGACGUUGCCGCCGUUAAUGGGAGGUUCUUCUUCUGCGAGUCCAAUGACUCUCUCGGCACGCUCGACUUCCACGCCAACGACGCCUCGGAGAAGCCGGAGGUGCGGCUGGGCGCCAUCGCCGUGCCCUGCGUCCACGUCCCGACGGGCUUUACGGCCACGUACGUUGUCGAGUCCUGCAACGACCUGUUCCUCGUCCAUAUCGCCUUCCACGGAUUAUGCGUCGACCGACCAGGGGAGCUCCGCGUCUAUCGGAUGGAUUUCUCGGAGCCGCCGGCUUGGCGCAAGACGGACUGCAUCGGGGAUCGGGCUUUCAUCCUCGGUAAAUCCAAUUUUGCAGCGUCCUGCUCUGCCAGCGGAUGUGGACUCAAGCCCAACUGCGUCUACUGGUUGAAUUGCCUCAGCUCAGAGAACAGUGAUCUGCAUGUCUUCGGCCUGAAGGACGGCUCAUCAGAAAUUGUCAAGCAGUUUGAGAAUGUCGUGGGUCUCCGGAAAUCCUGGUGGAUCGUCCCUGUCGUUUCAUAG